AUGCCGGGCGUGCUGCUGCAUCACGAGACUUCGAUGAAGGACUCGUAUCACGACUACCUCACGCCGUGGACGCACUACGUGCCCGUGCGCAACGACCUGAGCGACUUGCGAGAGAAGGUGGAGUGGUGCGAGGCGAACGACGCCAAGGCGAGGGAGAUAUCAGCGAACGGCGCGAAGUUUGUCGAGGCGUUUCGAACGCCCGAGGUGCGUUCUAUACGCUGGUUCCCAUACGACCGCGUUGGCGUGGUGAACGCCGAUCCUUGA